AGCCACCAUGAACGACGAUAUAUCAGAUGCGGUAAAAUAUGGCGAUUUUGAAGUAUUUAGUGGGGAUAAUUAUGAAGCCCUCCUGCCAGAAUUAAAAUUAGAAGGUUUUGAUUCUGAUUUUGACAAUUUUCUAUCCGAAAUGGUCGUUUCGGACUUCGAUAUAACAUUAACCCAACAGGCAUUUGCCGAUUUGAAAAAAUCCGAUGAUCCCGGGUUGCCAGCCCCAGAAACGCCAACAAGUACUCGUUUUGCCAAGCUUUCCGACGACGAAAUUAAAGGAUUUCAGGAACUCACACAAUCAAAGGCUACAAAACAAAGCACCAAAUGGGGUUUAAAGAUUCUUACAGAUUGGCAUAUUGAAACGUUUGGAGUCCCUCUAGAUCUGGCUGAGAUUUGCGAGGAGGAUCUGGCGAAAAAACUCAGUCGCUUUUACUGUGAAGCAAAACCCCAAAACCCGAAAAAGGAGCAUACCUCCGAAUAUCAUAAAAAUACAAUGAAAGCAAUCAGAGCCGCCAUAAACACGCAUUUAUCCGACAUCGGUCGAAAUAUAGACAUUGUAAACGAUAAAGCAUUCAAAACUGCAAAUAAAAGUUUGACCGGUUCAUGA